UGUCAACUGCUUCAUCCUCAUCUUACACGACACCGGAGAACAAACAAUGUGCAAUUCGCCGGCUCUACCCAAUUUAGCUCCUUGUAACCCCUUCCCACGCCCUCUAUUUCCUGGUAUUUCCGGCCAGCAUCACCGUGCACGUGACGUCUUUCCCGUUGUCGGAAGGCAGUCUGCGGUUCCCGCACCGGUCCCUGUUUGUUCGGCCCCAAUUAUCGCUUGGCACCCAACCUGUCCGUCGUGCGUCCGCAACUCGCAAACUGCGACCGACCGACCCACGAGAGCUUCCACGUCAAGCCGCCCACGCAACUCGGUCCUCGGUUUCCUCCCGAUAAAUAAGUCAAUAUGGCCGCCGCGAUCAAAGCCCUCAAUGCGAAGAUUCGCUCAAACAAGUACACGGAUUACUUUUGCUCGACUCAUUUCUGGGGCCCGGCGAGUAACUUUGGUAUCCCGAUUGCGGCUAUUGCGGACAUGAGCAAAGAUCCUGAGAUCAUCUCCGGCCGCAUGACCGGCGCCCUCACCCUCUACUCCGGCACAUUCAUGCGCUACGCCAUGGCAGUAACACCCGCCAACUACCUGCUCUUCGGAUGCCACGCCAUCAACUUCUCCUCGCAACUCGUCCAAGGGUACCGCUACCUCAACUACUGGAACUUCGGCGGCCGGGAAGCCAGCUUGGCAGGAAAAGCGGAACAAGCAAAGGACGGGGCGAUGGGUAUGGUGGGAAAGGCGGAGCAGAAGCUUGAGAAGGUUGCAGAGGAUGUCAAGGGCGUUAUUCCGAAAUAAAGAAAUGGGAUGACAUAGUAUACCAGGUUAAGAGGGCUUGUGUAUGAAUGGAUAUAUACAUACUUUCCG